UAAGAUUGCUGCCAUCCAAAAUAUAUCAGUUAAUAUUUAAAUCACAGAUUUAUAUUUGCAAAUUAUCGGAGGCUCUACUCUUAAUUUAGGAUAUCAAAAUAAAACGGUCUUAAGUACAGAUUCGAGGGAUUAUGAAAUUUAAGAUCAAAAUUCCCCUUCAAAUAUAAACUUUAGUUGGAAGUGUACUAGUCUAAUCUCUAAUGACCUUAUUUGCUAUGAUUACUAGAAUAAGUAGAUCUAAUUGUAGCAAGGAAUUAGUAGUAUUACAUUUCCUGGUAAAACUUUCUAGCCAUACACAAUAAUUUAGUUAACUGUUGUUGGAUAAAAAGAUUCUAGGAAAUCAAAUUUCACUACUACUUGUAUAUUCACAGAAUUAGAUAUUCCUCCACUAAAUAUUGUAUAAACUGCAACGAGCAUAAAGAAAAAAAUUAAUUUGAAUGAUGAUCUUAAUUUUUAAAUAAUUUAUGGUGAGAAUGUUUCGUCAGAUUAUUUGUCUUAUGCAGGAGCUAUAUUAUAUGAUAAUAAUCCAGUUGCAGCUAUCAGAUUUGAUUAUUUUCAAAUUAGAUUCAGAAUUUGGAACUAUUUUUAAAAAAUAGAUCCCUUAAGGCCAACACUUUAAAUAAGAUUUUCUGUGUAUAAUCCAUUAUUUGUUAUGCCAAGCUCAUCAAUAAUUAACAUCUAAAUUAAUAUUCCCCCUCAGAAUUGCGUUUUAAAUAUAAAUCCCUUAUAAGGUAUAGCCCUCGAGACUAUCUUCUAAAUUUAAUUCUUGAAUUGUAAAGACGAAGAUCUUCCUCUUACUUACUAGUUCUUCUACUACAACAAUGCAGAUGAUGCUGAUCAAGAAUUAGUUUCUCCAUGGAAUAUAUUAAGAAGAUAAAUAUAAGAUUAAACUAUAAACAACUCAAUUUAAACAAUACUACCUACAGGAAAUCUAGUUGUUAUGGUGCAAGUUAUGGAUUCUUACCUAGGAGUAUAUAAUACCUCUUCUAUAAUAUAGGUUCAAGCUUAGAAUAAAUCAGCUGAUGAAUAUUAUAAACUUGUAAAUCAACUCACUUCAUAAGCUUUAUAGAAUAAUUAAGUCACUAACUAACUAGUGACUUUAAGCAUAAUAGCAGAAGAUAUCAGUAAAAACAAUUAACUUUCAUAACAAUUUAAUGAUUUGGUUAGUCUACUGAUUUAAAAUUUAUAGCAAUUGUCUUUCUAAAUACCUAAAUUAUCCCUUUUAUCUACAUUUGCGAACAAGGUAACUGCUUAGUUAUCCUAACUACUAUUUAACUCAUCUUAAUAAAACAAUGUUGCUGCAUAGAAAAACCAAAUAUUUGAUUAGCUGUAAACAAUACUCCAAAAUACUAAUUCAAGCAUUCAAAGUAGUAAUCUUAGUCAUUUACAAUAAAAUAACGAUAUUCAAAUUCAAAAUGUAGUAGAUUCUUUUAAAAUUUUAAACUCAAGUGUUACCUUGCAUACUAAUAACUCAUAGGAAGAUAUUUAAUCCUACGAUAAAAUAUCAAGUUAGAUUGGAAAUCUGCUUAAUAAUAUAAGUUUACCAAACUAAGGACAAAUUACACUAAAUGGUCACUUUUCAACUCUUUUGUCAGAUAAAGUAACAUAGAAAAACUUAUUCAAAUAUGUUCUAACUGUAGAUGACAACAAUUAAGUAAAUUAAACUAGCAUAUUUAGUAUCUCAAGAAAUAAUUAUAAACAAAAUAUUUAUCAAAAUACUUCAGAAUUUUAAGCAUACACAUAGCAAUUCAAAAAUAUUAGUUAAAAUUUCACUUACUCUAUGAAUGAAGUAAUAUCACCAUAGAUUUAUAAUUCUUCUUCUUAAGUAACCUUAAACCAGUCUACUAUUGUCUACUAGUUCAAUAAUACAAAUUCUAGUAAAUUAUAUAAUAUGACAUGCCUCUAAUAAAAUAAUCUUUCAUGGAGCAAAUAAAAUUGUAAUAUAAAUAAAAUUACUUAAAAUAAUUACAUUUGCUUGUGUGGAUCCUAAAAACCAACAACUAUCAUUGAAGAUAUUGAUGACUUGUUCUUAAAAAAUAAAAAUCUGUAGACAGCAUUUGGAGAAUAGGGGCUAUUAAAUAUAGCAAGCUUUGACAACUUUUAUAUGUAUGUAGUAUUUUGGCUAUUGUUAAGUUUUACAUUUAUACAAAUUUUUUUAUUUAUCAUUGGAAAAUUCUUAGACAAAUACUCAGUAAAAUUACGAUACUAAAAAGUUCAUAAUCAAGAACUAAAUAACUAAUAGUAAAAUGAAUAAUUAUAAGAAUAAACAUAACAAUAAUAAUAAUAAUAAUAAUAAAUUGAUGAAAAUAACUAAAAUAUUUGUGAAAGUUCUUAAAUGAUAAAUAAAGAUGUUAUAUUGCAUCACUCUCCUUUUACUGAUUAAUUUAAAAGUAAUUAAAAUAUCUAACCAGAAAUUGAGUAAAAUCAAUAGGUUUUAUCACCUUUUGAUUAAAAUAUAGGUAAUAGAAAAAGAAAAAAAAAAAAAUUCCUAAAGUUACAGACAUAACAAACCCAAAAAAACUUAAAUCUAUUUUAAGAAUAAAAUAUUGAAACGAACUAAGAGAAAGUCGAAUCCAAUUAAAUACAAAUAAUUAAAUAAUAAUCAAGUUCUAAUAGUGUUGAAAAAAUAAAAACUCAAGCAUGCUCAUAAAGCUAGAUAAAAUAAGUUUUAGAUGAAGAGGAAAUUUAAUAAAUUAAUGUUUAUUUGUUAUAAUAUGCUCAUAUAGCAGGUACUAAUAGCAAUAAUUAAUAGCUCAUUGAUGAAGAUCGCUUUUUUUGGAAUUCUAUUUACAUUCAAAAAAGGUUCUAUUG